AUGACAGACUCGGACGUCCAGGACGUUCGGGACCAUUUUGUCGCGGAAAGAGACGCAGAGCAACACCAUCAAACGUUGCUGCUGCAGAUGAAGCGCCUAGCGAAUAUGCCAACGAUGACGAAGGAGGACCUUGAGCUCCAGGAGCGGUUACGCGCGCUGUCUGCGAAAUAUGAACAAAAGAAUCGACUCGGUCUCAACUCCAAUGCCGGACCGUCUAAGACCACUAGGAAGUGA